AUGAUAUCUAGUGGGAUUCACCAUAUGGACGAUACAGUAAGUAAUCCUUUAUACAAGUCUUUAUGGAAGCUUCCUGUUAUUCCUAAGGUUCAGCUUUUUAUCUGGAAAUGCCAUGAAAAUAUUCUCCCUAAUAAAUAUGAUCUUGCUACGUAUAAUGAUAGCGAUGAACCCACUUGCAUCAUGUAUAAUUCUGAUUUAAUUGAGCGGGAUACCAACUAUGCAAUUAGUAUUCAACAAUGGGUUACUAAGUGGAUUUAUGAUAUUAAUCUGAAGGAAAAAGCUGGUGUUGUCUUUUCAAUUGCUUGGAGCAUUUGGAAAGAUAGAUGCUCAUGUAUUUUUCAAGGAAAACACUUGAAUUGUCAUGAUAGUGCUAGACUAGCUCUCAAGUUGAUCAAUGAUACUGAACUAUUUUUGUGUAAUGAUGUUGCUCAUUAUGAUACUCCACCUGAUCCUGUGGAAGAGAAAUCCACAGACACUGUCAUUAAUUCUCUGCAUGAGGAUUGUCUUAUUAUUCUUAGUGAUUUUGCUUUUGAAAAAGAUUCUAACUCAUCCGGAACUUGUGAGAUGAAUAAUUUGGCAGGUACCUUUGUUGGAUGCAAACUCAAAGCUGGGACAGUGAGAAAUGCUGAGGAAGCAGAAUGUUUAGCAUUAUUGGAAGAAGUGAAGUGGGCUAAAGGAAAAGGCCUAGAGAAAGUGUGCUUCAUUAGUGAUGCUAAAACUGUGAUUGAUCAUCUGGAUUUAAUUAGCAACCAGUUAUACUGGUAUAAUAAAUCAGUCUUAGAUGUCUGUAAAACUGUUAUUUCUAGUUUUCAGUUUGUCAAUUUUGAAUUUUUAAGAAGAAAUCAUAUUGUUUUAGCUGACCAAGAAGCUAAACUUAGCAGAAGGUCUAGAACCUAUGGACAAUGGUUGGGGAAUGUACCAUAUUUUCUCAAUCCCUCUAUGUAA